UCGUAUGGUCAUACCUCCAUGGGUGUCUCAGUUAUAUUCCAGUUAUAUUCCAGUUAUAUUCCAGUUAUAUUCAGUUCACUGUGAUAAACACGUUUUCCUCAACUUUGGUUUGCUUUCUCAACGGAGAUUUUUUCUCGACCACCUUUUUUCCGAAAUGGCUUUCCUUGAGCAAAUCCGUUUCCGUGGAUCAUCAGAUAAAUGUGGCUACUCAGUCGAUGGCAGAUUUUCGGAACGCUCCUCCAAGCCCGUGACAGUCAUGAAGUGUAUUACACUGGCAGAAAAUUUGGAACCUCUUUCAUUAGAAGACAAGACCUGCGUCUUAGGAAGUCGUGACAAAGCCAAAUAUAUCUUUGAAGAAUUUGCUAAAAUUUUGGAAAGGAGGCUCAAACGAAAUGAAAAAAACACAGAAAACGAAAACAUUCGCGAAAAUGUUGGCGAUCGAAGUGUCACGUUGGGUUCUGAUGAUUUAAUCUAUUCAAGUACAGACCGUGGUUUAUUUUCCUCGAUUUUGUUAGCUUAUAAUAAUCAUUGGAAACUGCGAACGUCUCCCGAAGAUUGGUGGUUUGUUGUCAUCAGAAACGUCGCCAUCGCCAUUGACAAACAUUCAAAACAUGAAAAUGUACGGAAGAUGUUUGUUGAACACAAAGGCAAGAAAGCAUUGAAUGUAGAAAUGGAUUCUAAUAACAUCUAUGAUGUAAACUACUCUUCAUUUUUUGAUGCCAUGUCACAUGAAAUAUCGAAGAAUGUCAAAGUUCCUGGUUAUAUUGAUCUGAUAACUGCUGAUUUCUCAUCAAGCACACCAGUGCAAAAGAUUGUAUCGCAAAUCACUUUGAUGUCUUCAUUACAGGAGUUCUUUGAAUACAGAACGCGUUUAUUCUGUGGCAUACCAGCUGUUGAAAUGCUUGGCACUGAGGAAGAUUGGAGGAAACUUAUUGAAAAACUAGAUGCACUCCAAAAUCUUCUUAAGCCGAUUGAGCAUGAGUUGUGUUUACCACAAAAAUGGUGGAAACUGGCAGAAAAUAUAUUUAAAAAACUGCUUGCAACUUACUGUGGUGAACCUGAUUGUGAAUGGUGGUCAAAAAUUGUCAGCGAAGAAGACUUUGGUUCAGGAAGUUUGUGCUAUUAUGGAUGGAUGCCACGGUUCAUGGAAAAAGUACCAUAUUCUGCAGGUAUCGAUACGUUUACAGGUGGACUUGUCACGGUACCGCUAACUCUUUCACAUCCGUCAGGUUUAGCUGAUAAGGCUGCGUUAGUUGCUGGAUGUCUGGGUCAUCAGCUUCACGAGAAUGAUGACAACAUACCAUCUGUACAGCCUUAUCAAGGAUGGUGUCUUAUGUUGCCAAAGAAUUCACCAUUUCGAGCCGAACACCAAUGAUUGAGCGAUUUUGAACAAUCUUGCUACGUUUUUAAGACAAAUAAAAUAAUCACUACUCUAUUAUUAUAGACAGCAGAAUGUAUGAAAAAAAACUGAUUUUAUUUAGUCGUUCUACCGACGUAAAAUAUGAAGAAAUAUAUUAUUUUUCAAAAUGAA